AUGGGUCCUCUUUGUGCAAUUAUCUUAGUUUUGAUCUUUUUUGCGGUGUGCCAGUCUCUCAUUAUUUCGAGGAAAUACACCGCAAAACGUGAACUGAAUGAUAACAAAUCAAAUGAAGAACUUUUAGAAGAAUACUACUCUACAUCCGUUAUAGAGUGUGGAGCCCGCUGUCAAACAGAGUGUAGUGUCUAUGGGUUUAAUCCUCAGAUGAAGAAAUGUCGGACCCACAAGAAGAUUUUUACGUCGGAAGUGUCUAUUGAGGAUGGCUGGAGAUACUACUCACAUGACUUUAUACCUAGCGAUUGUAAGGAUCUUCAAGCAGAUGGAUACAUGAAUUCUGGGGUGUAUGACAUCUAUCCCCAUGGGACCACUACGAUUCCUGUACCUGUAUAUUGCGACAUGACGACAGUGGGCGGGGGAUGGACGGUAAUCCAGAAACGUGUCAAUGGGUCCCUGAGGUUUGACAGAGAUUGGACAGCAUAUAAAAAUGGUUUUGGUUCUCCAGAACAAGAUGUUUGGAUUG